AUGCAAAGGGUUGUUGACAAUCUUUUGGCUGUUACCAAGGAGUCUGUGAAGACAUUCACUUAUGAAUCACUGAACAAUGUUGUGAGAUUAAUAAAUGGAGUUUCAGCAAUGUUAUUGGCUGUUUUGCCUGGGAAGGCUUCUAUUCUGGAAGGUAUUCAUGGUUGGGAGCUCAGACCAACUUUUCGUGGGCCGAGACUUCCACGUUGGAUGGAGAAUGGCGUAUCAUCUUUCAAUCAGUUCAUUCACGAGCUCUCUGUUGAUUCUGAUUCAUCCUCAAGCGUAGAUUAUUCAUCUGAUGGAGAAGAUAGUGGUAUUUAUCCCGGAUCUCCUUUAUCACAAAGUUCUCGUGUCUCGAGGGAAAGCAAUUUCAUCAAACUCAAAAGAACUUGGAUAUACUGGCUGAGAUGUAUACUGUCAUGGAUUCUGUUUCCUUUCAAAUUGCUUUUUGGAGCCCCAUAUUAUAUAUUUGCUUCGGCUUUCCAUAAGGCUUCUAAAGACCCUGCUAAGACAGGAAACUGUCGUUCGGUUGCACAUUCUCCUAGAAGGCUGCAAUCUCUCAAGGACCAUUUUGUUCAGCGAGCUACUGACCGUAGGCGUGGCAUCGUUGAGGAUCUCCACCUAGCAAUUGAGGUGUUCAUAGAAUCCACAUUUGAUGUAGUUCACAAGGCUGCCCACUGUCUUUUAGCGCCUAUAGACACCACCAGAAGAGUAUUUCGGUGGUUUUCUUCACAAACAAUUGCCCCUGGACAAGUUACUUCAGAGGGUUAUGUCAAGACUUCUGUUCUAGCAGAUGAUGAUCCAACUCCUGUUGAAAGAAAAACAAGCUUUCACAGUUCUCUCAAUACAGAUGCUCGGACAUGUAAAGAUGUAAUUACAGAACUUGGGUAUCCUUAUGAAGCUAUACGUGUCGUUACAUCUGAUGGUUAUGUACUUCUUCUAGAAAGGAUCCCAAGGAGAGAAUCACGGAAAGUUGUUUAUCUGCAGCAUGGAAUAUUAGACUCAUCUAUGGGUUGGGUAUCCAAUGGAGUUGUUGGUUCUCCAGCUUUUGCGGCCUUUGAUCAAGGUUAUGAUGUUUUCCUUGGGAACUUCCGUGGGUUAGUCUCAAGGGAACAUGUCGACAAAAAUAUCUCAUCCCGUCAAUACUGGAACUACUCGAUCAACGAGCACGGCACCAAGGACAUACCCGCGAUGAUCGACAAGAUACACGAGAUCAAAACCUCUGAGCUGGGCCCGGCCCAGCCCGGCCCCAACGGGCCGAACCCCCAGCCCUACAAGCUCUGCACCAUCUGCCACAGCCUCGGUGGGGCCGCUAUCCUCAUAUAUAACCCGAACUCAAAUGAUACAAAGUUCGAGUAG